CCGAAAAUCCUUUCUGGUUCUUCGUGGUAUUUCUUGAACAUCGGCCCUAUAAUAAUAUGAAUUAUUAUGCAUGAUGCUUAUUAGGACAUUGAACACACAUUAAUAUGCAUCCAGAUGCUCGACGUGGAUUGCAAUGGCAACGUGUUGGGACUUUACAGCUCGCGGGUGCAGAGAUCUUUUCCUUCUUCUUCGUCGGCUGCGCAGAGCUGUGAUUUUUUUGUAACGGGAGCGCAAACUAUUUUUUUUUAUAGCAACGCGAGACUACGACGAGAGGGCCGGAAUAAAAUGUGUUUAUGUUGCGUGUUAGGAGCCUCUGGAUGCGAGUGUCUGUCUUCUGUCGGCGCCAGGCAGCUUAUCCCGUUUAAGCCAUUUGUUGAACGUCGACCACGAACGCCCGACUAUGUGUUGCUGUCCAAUUGACGCGAGGAGGCGAUUGAAUGUUCGCUGCAUCAGGGCCAGCACCACAACACCAUCAUAUGCUGUCUUCAUUGCACUGCCUUCGCUCCAUUUGGCUGCACGGGUUGCCCAGUUGUUGUAAACUAGGAGGAGGCAGUCCCAUGAAACCAUGAGUCCUCCAGCUCUGCCUGUGGUCUCCUGCUGUUGUCACAGGAAAAUCUGGUUGCAUUCAGCGGCGGGAGGCAAACACUCAGUUAUCAUCUCUGCCCUGGAUGCCAUGGAUGGACGAGCAUAAUGAAUAGAUACACAACCAUCAGACAACUCGGGGAUGGUACGUAUGGCUCCGUUAUCCUCGGCCGCAGUCUGGAGUCAGGAGAGCUUGUUGCCAUAAAGAAAAUGAAAAGAAAAUUCUACUCCUGGGAAGAAUGCAUGAACCUUCGAGAAGUUAAGUCCUUAAAGAAACUCAACCAUGCAAAUGUGAUCAAACUUAAGGAGGUUAUUCGAGAAAAUGACCACUUGUACUUCAUAUUUGAGUACAUGAAGGAAAAUCUCUAUCAGCUAAUGAAAGAUAGGACUCGACUGUUUCCCGAAUCUGCUGUAAGAAAUAUUAUGUUUCAGAUACUCCAGGGGCUCACGUUCAUUCAUAAACACGGGUUUUUUCACAGGGACAUGAAACCUGAGAAUCUUCUGUGCAUGGGACCAGAGCUGGUGAAAAUAGCUGACUUUGGGCUGGCCCGUGAAAUCAGAUCUCGACCACCAUACACAGACUAUGUCUCGACCAGAUGGUACAGAGCCCCAGAAGUGCUCCUCAGAUCCACAUCCUACAGUUCGCCCAUAGACCAGUGGGCCGUCGGCUGCAUCAUGGCAGAGCUUUACACCCUCAGGCCUCUAUUCCCAGGCUCCAGUGAAGUAGACACCAUAUUCAAAGUUUGCACAGUCCUGGGUACACCAAAGAAGAAUGAUUGGCCGGAGGGAUACCAUCUGGCAAGUGCCAUGAAUUUCCGUUGGCCUCAGUUUGUUCCGAGUAAUCUAAAGACACUGAUCCCAAAUGCCAGUCCCGAAGCCAUCCAUCUGAUGACGGACCUGCUCCAGUGGGAUCCCAAAAAGAGACCAGCUGCAGCACAGGCUAUAAGGUACUCUUACUUCCAUGUGGGCCAGGCUCUGGGCACUCCUCAACAGAUCCUGGAGCAGGGUAGACCUCAGCCGGGCCUCGUGCCACUGCAGGCUCCUUUACAGACCCAGCAGAUGCUGCAGCAGCAGCCCUUGCUGCUUAAGCCUGUGCCCCCCUCCCAGCCUCCACCUCCCAACACGCACUGCUCCCCCUCCAGGCCUCUCCAGCAGGUCCAGCCCUCCACCGUGGCUGCAGCCGCGCAGGCGGCAGCGUACCAACGGCACACAGAGCUGCUGCGAGAGCAACAACCGAAGCACAUCAUGAGGCAGGAGCAGAGCGGAGGAUCGCCACACAGCCAUCUUCCGUAUAUUGUUGAUAAGAGUCUUCAGAGCAAGCAAUCAAGACAGGAGAUGGAAAAAGCAAACCUACUGAGCUACCAGUUGAAACCUAAAGGUGGUGGGCGGCGGCGCUGGGGCCACGGCACAGGACACAUCAAGGGGGAAGACUGGGACGACUAUGAAGAAACAGAGCCGACCUCUAUUAGUAUUCUUGGAAAAGGUACCUACUCCACGGAGAAGUCGAGGCGAGGAGAGGACACACUAAGCAGAUACGGCCACGUUCUGGAUUUCAGUCGACCCAAUGGGAAGGAAGAGGCACCUUUGAACCUGAACAAGAGUACAGCCUACCAGGAGCCGCUGAGAACCGCCUCCGCCAAACAACAUUACUUGAGGCAGUCAAGAUAUUUACCAGGCAUUAGCACAAAGAAGAACAUGGCCAUAAAUGCCGGUAAAGACUCAACAGGAAGCCAUCUUUGGGGCAACGGCGGUAUUCCAUUUGGAGGGACUCUGCCGAGCAGAGGCGCUCACGGUACAAAUACAAUCCCGGGUGGAUACAUGCCAUCCUUUUACAAAAAAGACGUGGGUUCAGCCGGUCACAGAAGGCACCAGAGUCCUUCUGUGGAAUCAACCGCAUCAAAUUAUGCAACAUGGCAGUCAGGCCGCAGUCCGAUGAACACCGCUACCAACAUGCCAUCGACCAACAAGAGCAGCCCUGGUCUGCUGCCUCGCCCGCCGUUGCAGUCGAUCCACGGGCGAACCGACUGGUCUGCCAAAUAUGGACACCGCUAGUGCCCCGCCCGGAGCGCCGAACUGUGCAUACGUCUUACACAGCAAUAAAAAAAAAAAAUGUUACUAUGGAUGUUGUAAAAUAUCUACGUGUAUGUGUAUAUUUAAAUGCAAACGGACAGAAUGUGUUUUUUUAUUUUGCUUUUCUGUAUCAUAGAUAAUGUAAUACAGGGAUUACAACAUCAGUUUUGUAUCAGGUUUAUCAUUGAAUGUUCACCAACCUGUACACAUAUUACGCAUAUUAUGAUUUUAUAAAAAAAUGUCACUGUGACUUGUUUUGGCUACAACUAAUUACUUUGCCUCUGUAAAGUUGUCUUUUUUAUAUUGGACCUGUCUUUCUUGUAUGAUGGUAGCCUUGCAAUAAGGUUUGUUAUUAAAAGUAUAAUGAAUACAAUGCAAGUGGUUGCAACAAUGUUCAAAUCAAUGUACUUUCUAAAGUAAAGUUAUCCAAGUUAACACAUGCCACCCCGUUGCCAAAGUGAGUGUGAGUAUUGAAAUGCUAAAGUAUAAUUAAAUGUUUGACUGGAAACCCA